AUGAAUUAUCCACCGUCCUCCUCAUGGAUGUUGUACUUCACACCUGCAGAAAGCAUUUUCAUAACAACUUUGAGUUAUGAAAGGUAUACAUUCAAGUAUUUCUUUGACAAAAGUUCAGCUAAAGCUCUUGGUGGAGAGGAAAAUCGCAGUAAAUCUCAAAUUUAUGCAAAAUUUGACUGGAGAGAUGCCUUCAAUCUGGAAAGUCAGUUGACAGAAGAGGAGAUCAUUGUCAGAGAUCAGAUCAGAGCAUAUUGUCAAGAGAAGCUAAUGCCCAGGAUCUUACUGGCCAACAGAAAUGAAGUUUUUGAUCCAGAGAUAGUUCCUGAGAUGGGUGAGUUGGGUGUGUUAGGUCCCACUAUCAGCGGGUAUGGAUGUGCAGGUGUGUCCUCUGUAGCUUAUGGGCUCAUCACAAGAGAGGUAGAAAGAGUGGACAGUAGUUAUAGGUCUGCCAUGAGCGUACAAUCUUCUCUAGUGAUGCAUCCGAUCAAUACUUAUGGAACAGAUGCUCAGAAAGAAAAGUACCUACCAAAGUUAGCCCGUGGAGAACUGAUAGGCUGUUUUGGAUUAACAGAGCCUAACCAUGGUAGUGAUCCAUCUUCCAUGGAAACCAAAGCAAGAUAUAAUCCUUCCAGUAAAACUUACACACUAAAUGGUGCAAAAUCCUGGAUCACAAACUCACCCAUAGCGGAUGUUUUUGUGGUGUGGGGUAAAAGUGAAGCCCAUGACCACAAAAUUAAGGGCUUUAUAUUGGAGAAGGGAAUGGCUGGUUUGUCUACACCAAAGAUUGAGGGAAAGUUUUCUUUGAGGGCUAGUAUCACAGGGCAGAUAGUCAUGGAGGAUGUAGAAGUGCCCGAAGACAAUUUGUUACCUGGAGUCUCCGGUUUAGCUGGCCCAUUUGGAUGUUUGAAUAAUGCUCGAUAUGGCAUUGCCUGGGGUACUCUUGGAGCUGCCGAAUUUUGUUUGGAACAGGCAAGACAGUACACUCUGGAUCGAAAACAAUUCAACCGUCCUUUGGCCAACAACCAGCUUAUGCAAAAGAAAAUGGCAGACAUGCUGACUGAAAUUUCUCUAGGCCUUCAGUCCUGUAUUCAGGUUGGCCGUUUAAAAGAUGAAGGAAGAGCAUCUCCAGAAAUGAUAUCAAUGAUCAAGCGUAACUCUUGUGGCAAAUCCUUGGACAUUGCUCGAGUGGCCAGGGACAUGUUAGGAGGGAAUGGAAUAUCUGAUGAGUACCAUAUCAUCCGACAUGUCAUGAAUUUAGAAGCUGUCAACACAUAUGAAGGUACACAUGAUAUCCACGCCUUGAUAUUGGGACGGGCCAUUACCGGACUGCAGGCAUUUACAGGAUAGAGGCUUGUAACACGGAAGUCAGCUAUGAAAGGAUGACAAGCGUGGUCAAUAGAACUCUAAAGAAACUGAACUUUUUUUUGUCUCUUGUCUGACUUACCAGGUUUCUGAAAACAUUCAGCAGGAAGUGAACAAAAAAAAACAGUAAAUGUAAAUAUGUUGUCUAGUCAAGUAGAGCUGUCAGACAUCUAGAGGUGAAAAAAGCACAGAAGAGUAAACCUUUUGAGUUAGAGGUCUGUUUAUGUGAUGUUAAAAAAGGCAGUGAAAUUAAGCCCAUGGAACAUUUUAUUGUGGGGUUUUGGAAGAUUUUGAGAUGAUUUCUGUUUCAGUUUUUCUAUUUCUCACAUAUUUAUCAGUUGAACUCUAAAUAAUAACUUUUGGAGUGUGAGUGUACAGCUGAUCAAGUAAUGAGGUUUAUAUUUGUAUGUAUAUGUAUUGCUCAUAAAGUAUUGCUUGUUUUCUGGCAGAAUAAGUGGCAUCAAACAGGGAAAAAUCAUUCUUCUUCCUUCUAAAUGACAGUGUUAAAUACUGAUAGUGGUAUUUUAAAUACUGAUGGUGGUAUUUUGUAUUCAUUUACCCCACCCACCCCAAGCAGGUUAGUUACAUUUAUCCCAAUGCAUUUUUUUUAGAUGUACACUAGUUAAGUGGUAGUUACCUAUUUAAACCAUGCUCAUUAUUUGACAGAGACAAGAAAACCAAAAUGUACAUGAAGUUGUAAGUUGUGACAUUGUAUUUCACAAAUGUACCUACGUGUAUUAUGUGUGAAUGUCAAAAAUUGGCAGAUCUAUUUUCAACUAGGAAGACUACUCUAGGAUACUAUCUCUUAUAAACUAAGCCAUAAUCUGCCUUUAGUGUUCGGCUGAUGCAUUUGUAGCUCUCAGUGUGAACAUUUAGUGGUUGGUAAUCGUUUUCAAAUUUUUCUUCCCUGGCAGUUAAGUAACUUUCCCCGUUCAGAUCUUACCAUGUUAUGAUAGAUUGACAUUCAAGGUGUACUUAAGGGAAAUACAUGUAUAUCUUGAACGUUUGUUAAGAAAUUUAUUGUAUUCCACAGUACCACUGGAUUGUACGUGUAUUUCUUUUUUUAAAAGAAAACUGUUUUCAGUUUUCAGUUAUGUUAAAAUGUUUGUCCAAACUGCAGAUAGUUGAGGGGUUUCCCCAUGGCACUGCCUAGUUUCCUCCCAUCAUAAUGCUGGCCGCUGUUGUAUAAGUGACAUACUCUUGAGUUUGACGUAAAAGACAAGUCAAAAAGAAAAAAUAUGUAAAUAUAUAUAUUAUUAUCAUCCCAUUUUAGUGAACGCUAUUAUGGACAUCUGCGUUUUCUACAGUAAUAUGACGAUAAAUAUUUGCAUCACUACGAGGGUAGCACAGCUUAUAAAUUUAGUCACAAAUAAUAUGCUUGUACAGGACUUAAAUUUCCAGAAACAGGUUUAUAUGUUGUUGCUAAUACUCAUAUAUAAUUAGCCUUCCUCUUUGGUAUUGAAGGAGGAAAGUGUAUAAUGUCAUCUUUACAUCCAUCAGGUUUCAACUGAAUACACCGUGCUUUACUGUCACAGCUAUAGUGAAUUUGGGCUUACUUGAGUGCGUCUGAGACAGCAAUAUAACAAAUGAAAUUUGUUAUACUAUACAUUUGAUACAAAAAUUAUACAGUAUUAAAUGUCAGAUCCUUUGUACAUGUAUUAUAUAUCAUAUGGCAUGAUAAAUACUGUGAUGGCAGAUGUCAUGCUUUAAUGAGAUGAACUUUGUGGUCAUAUUUUUGUGGAAAACAAAUGUGUGAAAUGGAGGGGGACAUUUUACCAGAUGAAAUAACCUACAUGAAGUAUGCACAUAAAUACAUCCAUAGCCAAGUAUAUCUUGCCCUUGAUUUAUUUGCAUGGGUUUACAAAUACAACUCCCCUUGUAACUGCUGUAACCAUGCAGUAGUAAAUAUUCUUGUGGCACAUGUAUUACCUGUAAAUUCUUCUCAUGUAGAGUACCUGGUAUCUUAAUAAAACAUGAUGUCAAGAUACAUUUAGUUAAUGAAUUGAAUGGGUUUGCGGUCAACUACAUUUUAUGUUGCAUUGGAACCAGUAAUGUAUCAUAUUGAGGGUGGUGCAUCAUACAGCUACUGAUGUAGCUUUAACCAACAUAUUUUGAAAAUGUGCUAGGUUUGACUUAAAUAUGUUGUAUUUUGGUUAAGCACCUGCUAUUAAUCUGGCUGCAUUUACAUACAGUACAAACUUAUAACUUGAUCUAUAAUUUAUGCAGCCAAAAUUUAUCUAAGUGUUCUGAUCUUGUUUUCUAUAAAAAUAAAAGUGAAAAGAGUGAGCUA